GGGUUAUGUAAUCCGGUGCAUGGGACCUGGGAAGAAAUCUCGCUGGGUUCAGUAGGAUUUAUUUGAACAAAUGGAAUGUCUUUGCAUAGCACUGUAUGUUAUUAUGUGAGAGUAAAACUGGCUGAACUGAGCGUUGAUGAAUUCCUUACCUCUGGGAUUGAUUCCGAAGUGGAUGGGGAUUCGGGAGAUGCUGUGGAUUCUGGUGAAGAAGAUACAGGAAGAAAGCAAAGUCAGAAGGGAAAGUCCGCCAGCAGCAAGCAGAAGACAGCGCUUAAAUCUAAAUCUGCAGAAAAGAUACCAAAGAAGGGCAAAGCAUCCGAACACAAAAACCAGCUCUCACGGCUGAAGGAACGAGAUCCAGAAUUUUACAAAUUCUUGCAAGAAAAUGACCAGAAGCUGCUCAAUUUUGAUGACUCCGACAGCUCAGAUGAGGAGAAUGGACUUCACGUGUUGCCUGAUAAAUUGGAGGAAGCAAGCGACGACGACGAUGAAGAAGAAGAAGGGACUGCCAAAUGGAAGAAAGUUGACUUCAUCACUGUAAACUUGAAGAUGGUGGAGAACUGGAAAAGUUCUGCAAAGAAGAACUUGUCGCCCAGACUCUUCCACAAUAUCACCCAGGGUUUCAAAGCCUGUGUGGUGACAGCCAAGGGGGACGCUGAAGGAUCGGGACCUGGCAAGUUCAAAGUCACCGAUAGCGCAGUGUUCAACACGUUGGUGUCCUUCUGUGUUCGCGACCUCUUUGGCCUGCUGCACAAACUGCUUGAGGGGAAAACUGGCAAAAACAGAUCCAAGAUGGUCGCCCCUUCUUCCAGCCCGCUCUGGGGGAAGCUUCGCCUGGAUAUCAAGACAUACCUUGGCUGCUCCAUUCAGCUCCUGUCUUGCUUAACAGAGGCCUCCGUGGGAACUGCCAUUCUUCACCACGUCCACACCAUGGUGCCUUAUUACCUGGCUUUCCCAAAGCAGUGCCGGAUGUUGCUUAAGCAAGCCACUCAUCUCUGGAGCACAGGCGAGGAAACGAUCAGAGUUCUAGCUUUUCUGGUGCUCAACAAAAUUUGCCGGCACAAGAAGGAUGGCUACUUGAACCCGGUGCUUAAGCAAAUGUACAUCUCCUACGUGAAAAACUCCAGGUUCACUUCUCCCAACGCCCUUCCCAUGAUCAGCUUCAUGCAGCGGACUCUGACAGAGAUGUACGCCCUGGACACCAGCAUCUCCUACCAGCACGCUUUCAUCUAUAUCCGCCAGCUUGCCAUUCACCUGCGCAGUGCCAUGACGAUGAAGAAGAAGGAGAAUUACCAGUCUGUUUACAACUGGCAGUACAUCCACUGCCUUUACUUCUGGUGCCGGGUCCUGAGUACCAUCUACCCUAGCGAUGUCAUGGAGCCCUUGAUUUACCCUCUGACCCAAAUCAUCAUUGGCUGCAUUAAGCUGGUACCCACAGCUCGUUUCUACCCCUUGCGCAUGCACUGCGUUCGGGCUCUCACCCUGUUGUCGGAGAACACAAGAACAUUCAUUCCCGUUCUGCCCUUCAUCUUGGAGAUUUUCCAGCAGGUGGACUUCAACAAGAAACCAGGCCGCAUGAGUUCCAAACCCAUUAACUUUGCGGUCAUCUUGAAGCUCUCCAACGCCAACUUGCAGGAGAAGUCCUUUCGGGACGGUCUUAUUGAGCAGCUGUAUGACCUCACCCUGGAGUAUCUCCACACCCAAGCUUACAUGAUUGGGUUCCCCGAACUAGCUCUUCCAGCCAUUAUUCAGCUCAAGGCUUUCCUGAAAGUGUGCAAGGUUGCAAACUACUGCAAGACCAUCCGUCAGCUUUUGGAGAAGCUGCAGGAGAACUCUGCCUACAUUACCAACAAGCGCCAGAAAGCCAGCUUCGGCGUCGCCAACCGGGAGGCCGUGGAUCAGUGGGAGAAGGCAGUCAAAGAAGAAGGGACUCCGUUGAUGACUUACUAUGCACACUGGAAGAAGCUGAGGGAGAAGGAGAUACAGCUGGAGAUCUCGGGCAAAGAACGGCUUGAAGAACUGAACUUCCCUGAAAUCAAGCGGAAGAAACCAGGAGAGCAGAAAGAGGAGGACAAGAAGGAGUUCAAGGACCUCUUUGAGAUGAGCAGUGACUCAGAUGAGGAGGCCAUCAGCUUCUCUGUCAAAGAGAAAUCAAAGUUCAAGGAAUCGAAGGGCAGCCUAGAUGGCAGCAGCGAGGAAGAAGACGAUGAGGAAGGCCAAUAUGAAGUGGAAGAGGAUGGCGAGGAGGAGGAAGACUCGAGUGAUUCAGACGAAGGCUGGGGGGCAGCUCCCAAAGGGAGCCACCGUGGCGCGCGUGAGGGUGCCAGGAAACAGCUGUCUCGGGCGGAGCUGCAGCAGCUGGCGCAGGGACCCGAGGACAUCGUGGAAGACUUCAACUUCUCCGAUGAGGAUGCCGACUGACAGCGCUGGAUGCAGGCUGGCUUAUCCCUGGCAGGGGUAUAGAGGGAGCUGAGCCCGGUUGAGGGAGGGGGGCACAGGGCAAAGGACAAGCCUUCCCGUUGGGCUGGGGCAGGGAAGAAUCGCUUCUGUGAAGCUGCCCAAGACGCCGCUUGGGAACGUGAAAAAUCUUCUCUGGCUGAGCCUUUAAAAAAAGAAAUGCUUUGGGGAGAAUUGCAGUAAAAUUUGUGGUUACAGCGGGGGUGCUAAACCGGCUCAGCCAAGAUCAUAAAAAGCACUCAUUAAAAUCUGCCACUUUAACUAAUGGGGGGGUGGAUGGAGGUGCUUGGCCAAGUUCCUGUUUUUUUCCUGUGUGUGUUGGGGGGGGGGGGUUAAUAGCCUCCCCAGCCUGCUGUUCCCCUCCCUCCUGCCAGCUGCAGGUCAGUCUGCCCCUCACCCCCCCCGCCCCCUCUUGCCCCCACUCCCAGCAGGGCAGACCCAGAGCGUAGCAGCUGCCACCCCCUCUCCCCCCCCCCCCCCCCCCCCCGUGGGGCCUUCCUUGUGCUUUACGGCGCCACAGAUCUCUGCACUGUAAUCAGGCUGCUCCUAUACAGAGCAGGAGUGAUCCGGGUUUGCUGAGCAGAUGUCCGAGAAGAGAGGGUUAACAGCCCAGCGUGGGUCGAGUUUCUUCCUUUUCAUGGAAAUUUCUCUCCCCUGCAGCUCUCAGAAGCUGCCCAAUUCUGUUUUUUAUUGGUACACAAGGUCUUUCCAAGCAGAUUGGGGGGGGGGGGGGGGAGUUGGCCCGAACACCCCGCCCUUCCUACCUCUUAUUGUCCCCCUUGGAAACCCUGCCUGUAGCAGAGAGGCCGUCUGCCUUCUUUGCCAGGAACGCGGGGGGGGGCGGGGAACCCUCUCUGUCUUCACAUGAACGCUCAGUCCAGAUGUUUUGCGGUGGCGCGUACCGUCUCUGCUUCUGCAGCUUCAGUGAGGCAAACCUGUUACCCUGUGUGCAGCCGGCCCCUGCAGGGCCGAGGGGUCCAAACAAGAAAGGGCUCUUGUGAGUCAGCCGUAGCAGUGGUGGAGCUUGUAAGCCGCUUACCUUGCAGGUAACUACCCCAUUUGUACACUGUGCACAUGGGAAUCAUGAAGGGCCCCCCCCUCACCCCCCCCCCCCAAAAAAAACCCCCAAAACUAGCAGGAACCAUUAGCCUCUGGCUUAUAUUUCAGUCUCAGACACUUGAUUCUUCUUGUACGGGGAAGUUGAAGGCCCAUGUGCAGACUGCAGAAUUUCCCAUCUGUGCUUCCUGUUAAGCCACACGGAUUGGCAAGCCACACUUAAGGGAGAGGUAGCCGUCGCUUUUUUUUUUCUUGUAAAAGCACACAGUGGGGGAAGCGAGGAACCAUUUUAUAAAUUAAGUGAUUUCUCUUUUUUUAUUAUCAUUAUUAUUUAAAUUGAUUUACUGGAAAGCGCUGGCCCUGGGUGUAAUGGAUAAUUACCAUUUACAAUAUAUAAAGAAGCUAAGGUACCACCAAGCUAAUUUUUUCUUCUUCUUUUUCCUUUGCAUUUUCCAAAAAAAAAGAAAAGUAGAACGUGCAGUGUUUUAAAACAGGAAGGGCCAGUAGAGAGAGAGAGAGAGAGAGACAGAGACGGACAAGCAUCGAUCACAUGAUUGGUUUCCCACCACUGUACAAAUCGCAAGGGGCGGCAGCUGGUGUGAGCUCCCUCCGCAAGGGGGGGUGGCCACACGGGUACCUCUCGCCCCAGUCGUGGGGACCAGGUAAAAAUGUGCAACUCCCCAUCCUCUACGAGCCCCACCCCCCUCAGCGUCCACACGCACCCGCAGACACAUUCCCCGCACACAAAACAAAAUAAAAACUCAAAGCAGGGUCUUCUGUACACACGGCUGUUCGGGAAGCAGAGGUGCUCUGCCCUUCUCUGCCCCCCUCCUCCUCCUCUCCCUCUUCUCUCCCCCCCCCCCCCCAAAUGUUGUAUUUUUUUUCCUUCUUCCACAAAAAGACAGUUCGUGGCAGGGCCCAGGGAGGAGGGACUCCGUCACAGUCCAUCUUUGCAAAGGUUUAAGCAGCAAAACCUCAACAAUAGUCUUUUUUUUUAAAGGAAAUUAAAAAAAAAACAACUUGCUACUCCACAGAGCUACCUGUGCUGUACCGUCCAAACUGAAGUAAACAUGGACCAAAACUUG